AUGGCCGAUGAACGCUUUUCGCUGAAGCUAGCCAGCGACGUUGCCUUCUAUCUCGACGAGGCCAAGGUACCUAACCUCCUCUUCGGAUGGCUGGCAAUGAGCCUGGUCGGCAGCAGGAAAGUGUCCACCGAGGUCGACUUUGUGAUCCCGGACAACAAGAUGCCCGCUGCCAUCAAGACCCUGGCUGAAACAGCCAACUAUCCUGUCUGCAAGGACCCCAACUGCAACGAGCUUCACUUCGACCGCGUCCGGGGCUACACCGCGGACCAAAGCCUGGUCCUCAGCCCCAACCGCAUCCACUCCGUCGCCGCCGCCCACUUCCACCUCGAGGACGGCACCUUCAUCCUCAAUUUACACCCCCAGUCCAAGCUUCUCUGGUGGCUGCCAGAGCUUACGACGGCAGCCCCCGCGGCGGAGGAUCCGUACCUGAUGCUUUCCACCGACCCCCGGCUGCCGCCAUUGUCUGUGAAGCCCGCAUUGGAAGGCGUCGCCCCGACAGGCGGACCAGGCCCAUGCUCCGCGAACCUCUACCACCCCGUGAAGAUCCUGAAUCCAGGCUCCCUGACAGAGGCGCUGCUGACGCUUCUGUGUCGCGACCGCGCUCGCCAAGCCAUGGGGGAGUCAGAAGAGGCGGAUCACCUGGCCAUGCUGUGGACCCUCAUGUCAUCGCAGCUCUAUGAUUCAUGUGGGACCAGCAUCUCCAAGCACGUUAGGCCCAAGUUCAAGGAGGCCUGGGAUGGUCUGAAUGAGCGCGAUCCCGGAAUGACCAAUGUCUUCAAUGCAGUGCGCGCGCUCCGCGAUCGGAUGGCUCUGGCGAACGAGCUUGGUCCUCUCGUUGAUGGCAGCAAGUACACUCCUCCAGAUGACUUUCUCUGA